GGGCAGCAGUCAAUGUUAUUUGAGCGGGGGCCGCUGGCCUCGACGAUCGCAGAGCGGAGAAUGCAGAAAGCCGCCUACUACGACAACGCCGGGCUCUUCGGGGGCUACUCCUACAGCAAGGCCGAUGCCUAUCCCUACGGCGCGGCCCACCAGCCCUACGGCCAGGCCGGUCUGGACGGCGAGUACCCUGGCUCCGCCUGUUCCGUCCAGGGCUCGGCGCCCGGUCGCGCCCCGGCCCAUAAGGGCAGCGAGCUGAGCGGCAGCUGCAUGCGGACAGCCGGGGGCGGCCCUGGGGGCAGCCAGCCCCCAGGCAUCGGCGAGCAGCAGCCCCCGGCGCUGCCCCCCUCCUCCCCGCCCAACCCCCCUCCCAGCGCGCCCCCUCCGAAAAAAAACAAAGGGAGCCCAAACUCGUCCGGCUCGGCCACUGCCACACUCAGCAAGCAGAUAUUCCCCUGGAUGAAGGAGUCCCGGCAGAAUUCCAAGCAGAAAAGCACCUGCACCCCCUCAGGAGAGAGCUGCGAGGACAAGAGCCCCCCUGGGCCGGCCUCCAAGCGGGUGCGCACAGCCUACACUAGCGCGCAGUUGGUGGAGCUAGAGAAGGAGUUUCACUUCAACCGCUACCUGUGUCGGCCACGCCGGGUAGAGAUGGCCAACUUGCUCAACCUGACUGAGCGGCAGAUCAAGAUCUGGUUCCAGAACAGGCGGAUGAAGUACAAGAAGGACCAGAAAGCCAAAGGCAUCAUGCACUCCCCCGUCGGACAGUCCCCGGACCGUAGUCCCCCCCUGAGCGGCCCAAAUCACGUCGGCUACUCCAGCCAGCUCCCCAGCGUCAACAGCCUCGGCUACGACGCGCCCUCGCCCACCUCUUUCGCCAAGUCCCAGCAGAGCAUGUACGGGCUGGCCGCCUACACGGCGCCGCUGAGCAGCUGUCUGCCGCAGCAGAAGCGCUACGCGGGCGCGGAGUACGACCCCCACCCCAUGCAGAGCGGCGGCGGGGGUUUCGCUAACCCUAGCCUUCAGGGCAGCCCUGUCUACGUCGGGGGCAACUUCGUGGACUCGAUGCCGGCCUCGGGCCCCAUGUUCAACCUGGGGCACCUGCAGCACCCUUCCUCCGCCAGUGUGGACUACAGCUGCGCUGCCCAGAUCCCCGGCGGCCACCACCACGGACCUUGCGACCCCCACCCCACCUAUACGGACCUCUCCUCUCACCACUCCUCUCAGGGACGGAUGCAAGAGGCACCCAAGCUUACGCAUCUGUAGCGGGGCGGCGGCCGGCGGGGCCCGGUCUCCUCUCCAUUACCUCACUUUUCUGAAGGGACAGUGUGACUGUGCUCUCGAGUGCCAACAGUAUUAGUGGAUUUGUCUCCCCUAGCAGUUCCCGUCCUUCUUCCGCAGCCCUGAGUAGGUCCGUGAGCAGGAGCCUUUCUCUUAGAGCUGUUCUAAGCAUGACAGUGCAAUAUACUGCAAACCGAGGGACUGAUAAGCUGGUAAUAAUGUACUUGAAGGUAAGUCUUAGAGAUGCCGUAGUGUUAGCAGCGCGUCAUGCUGAGGUGUUUUAGACCAGUCGUGAGCAGUGGGAACUUGCCCGCGCGUAAGCUUAUUUCAGAGAAGUUAAUUUAUGAAUUCUUCCGUAGUGUAAGGAUCACAUCGGACUAAAUGAUAUGUAUUUAUUAUUUUAAGCGAGACAUUUUUGUAUCACCGAUUAUUUAUCCUCGUCUUAAUGUAUUUAUGUGGGUAUUUGUAGAGUUUCUUCACCAAUACUUCGGGAGAGCAAUUCAGGUCCGUGGUGACUUACAUUUCACCUACUUAGUAUAUUCGGUCUGAGCUAGUUGAGAAGAGUAGUCUUGAACAGUUGUAACAGUGGCUGGUGUUUGUAGUUUAUAUAAGGAUUAAUUAAGACAGCAAGUCGUAAGUCAUUAAUAGAGUAAAACAAGCCGUGGCAUCGCACAAAGAGCUGUUAAACUUUAGGAAAAAAAAAAAGAAAACAAAAACAAAGCAAGAAAGUAUUUUUAAAGUAUUUAUUUCUAACUGGGCUGGCCCUGCUGGCGUGCUUGGGUGCCUUGGCUGGCAGUGGUCUCAGCUGAGUGAAGCCACCUUGAGUUGGAAGGCAGCUUUGAGGAGGUGAUCUACAAAGCAGGGCACUUGACCAUCUUGUUUCAGAUAAAAUCCUGCAUACAGAAACCUCGAUAAGGUUAACGUGUAUUUAUUGACUGGGUAUCUAUGGCACAUAUUACUAUUUCGGUGGGCCUUUUUUUUUUUUUUUUUUUUUUUUUUUUGGGUAUGCGAACUAGGAAAGAAAUUAGAAGCUUAGAAAGAAAAACCAAAACCAAAACCAACCACAAGCAAACAAAAGCCUAAAUCCACCACCACCACCAAAAUCCCCAACAACAAACCGAAAAAAUCCAAACCUUCUGAUAGUGCUAAUUUCAUUAGGGUCUCCAUAGAAAUCCAUGCAGCAGCUGCCGCCUCCUUUGUUAUUUAUACUGUUGCUUUAUUCUAACUAUAAAUCAGGUGGGUUUUUUUUUUUUUUUGGACGUUUUUGGAAGCCCGAACUUUUCCUAUUUGUUUUGUUUUGUUUGUUUUAAAUAAACUUUGAAACAAAAAUUGACAAUCAGAUGCACAUAGGCGAGUGGGGCCGCCGGGACGGGUGCAGGCACCGUCCAGGCGAUGCUGCCUCGCUCUCCCAGCCAGAAUAGUAAAAGAUAAAAACAAAACAAACAAAACCCCCCCCAACCCUCAUUAAACCCAGGAACCAUGCUCUGAACCAUCGUUUUCCCCCUCUCUAGUUACACAGCCGUGUGCAUCCCUCGCUGGAAUUAGAGAUACUUCUUUUGUAAAUGUUGCCAUUAAAGUUUCUUUUUGAGGGUACAAGUCGCUCUGAGAAGACUGUUCUUACCUCUUUUUAGAAGCAGCCAGUUAAAGAUUAAUCCUAACUUCUGUAUUCCCCACCAAAUCGUCUUUAUGAGCCACUUCCCAGACUGACAAACAUUGCAGCUCCUACUCCAUCCUCUAAUGACAGGACCUGGCAUCCCUAUUGUGCGAAAUACUUUUAACUCCUCCAAUUCUGGUCAACAAAGACA